CAACUGAUCCGUCUAACUGUUGUUAAAAGAUGAGUCUAUGAUAAGAUGGAGACUUCAGAUACGGUUCCAUUUCAAAGAAGCCUUAUUGGAGAUCCUAAUCUAAUCAUCUUUUACGGGAAUUAUUGGGUUGGCGACGAUGACGGUGGACGUGUCGGAUCACCAGUUGGAACAAGAUAUUAUGAACAACUUAUCGAAACUACGAGAGACUUGGAUGGAUUGGAAUGAUUAUCAAAAGAGAACAAAUUGUAAAGUGGUUUCUUCAGAGCAAGUUAGAGAUACAAGUUUGGCUUUGAAUAUCCAACAGAGCGUAGCAAAUGAUUCUAGUCCCAAACAUUUCGUUUCUUCGGUCAAAUCUUGUAAAAUGGAAAAAAAGAUUAUCAAAAGACGAAAAAUAGUGACAAGUGAACACCCAAAAACUUUGUCCAAGUCUGAAAAGGAAGAUGCGAAAGAGUUGGACAUGUUCUGCUUUGUUCGACAACAUAGAGACGAAGUCAAACGGUUUGUAUUGCAAAACGAAAAGAGCCAAUCCAACCUUUGGAAACAAUCUUUGAUGGAACUUGGUGUUCAAGCAAAGAGAAAGUCGAAAGUUCCUUUUCCAAUAUUUCUUGGAAUGCAACGAAAGCAAAAGAAGAGAAGAGCUCGUUUGUUGUCCAAAAAUGGUUCAACUGCUAGAAAGUAAUACUUUCUAUUCGGAUGACGUGUGAUAUUUGGUAUAGAACGGUUGGAUAGAGUUGGUUACUAAGAUGGUUUUAUUGUUGUAUUUUAUCUCACGGACAAUAGAAAAUGCAUCGACAAUAUUUUCAAUGAAUUGUACAUUCGGAUCAUUUAAGAUU